AUGCAUUCCCUUUGGUUCCUUUUCUGUUUUGUUACUGUGGCGCUUGCCGCAUGCCGGACCACUGCUCCGCCUGGUGCUCUUGUGGUGAGCAAGAACGGCACUGGAGGGUACCGCACCAUUCAAGCUGCGGUUGAUGCCCUCUCGUCCUCUGCCGUGAAAGAGCAGAGCAUCUUCAUCGGUGCCGGGACCUACAAGGAGCAAGUCUAUGUUCCCAAGUUGAAGGGACCUCUUUCGAUCUUGGGCUACACGGUUGAUGAGAGCACCUACAAGAAAAAUGUUGUCUUCAUCGAGGCGGGCGAAAGCCAGGAGACGCAACCGAACAACGAUGCCACUGCAACACUCAGAGUCCACACGAGUAACUUCAAGCUCUACAACGUCAACGUAGUGAACUCGUAUGGGGAAGGGAGCCAGGCUUUGGCGCUUUCUGCAAACGCUGCUGGACAAGGAUACUACGGAUGCUCGUUCACUGGCUUCCAAGACACGGUGCUCGCCGAAAGAGGUGCUCAACUCUACGCCAGGUCAUACAUUGAAGGCGCGACAGACUUCAUCUUCGGCCAAUACGGAGAGGCGUGGUUCGAUCAGUGCGAUAUCCKCGUGCUUCAGGCGUCCAAGGGUUACAUUACUGCCAGUGGACGCAAAACUUCAGACAGCCCGAGCUAUCUCGUCAUUAACAACUCAACCGUGGCCGCUGCAGCUGGAAACACUGUAGAGAGUGGCGCAUAUUACCUUGGUCGGCCUUGGGGUCAGUAUGCCCGCGUGGCAUUCCAGUCAACCGAUAUGACGGCAGUUGUCAACCCCGCCGGAUGGUCUAUCUGGAACAAGGGCGAUGCAAGAACUGAAAAUUCGCAGCUCGGGGAGCAUGGCAAUACCGGAGCUGGCAGCAAAGGAGCGAGGGCGAGCUUCGGUGAUAAGCUGAGCAAGCCAGUCGCGAUCGCAGACAUACUGGGUACUGAUUACGAGAGCGUUAGCUGGAUGGACCUGAGAUACCUGGGCUGA